UUUUUUUUUACCAUUUAAUAAGGCUGUGGAAAAUAGAAAAUAGGCCUGUAAGCAGACCUUUUUUUACCCUUAUGUCUGAGGAGUCGCUGGUCUCAUCAAAGUCUUAGAGUUGGCAGAACAUGAGCUUGUUAAGAACCUUUAGUCAAUGACCUUUAGUGAAAAAUGUAGAGCUUUUGAAAUACUGUUGCUGUAACUGGGGGCUCUCUCCUGCAUCCCAAUCCCAACAGGCACAGCAGGUUCCAGAGCUGGAAUGCUCAGCUGUUGCUGUGGUACAAGUAAACACAAAGUCUUUUAAGUUUUCUCUCUUGCUCCUGCCCAUGAAUACUGCACUCAUUGCUGAUGCUGGUGUUUAAUAAAUUCAAUUUUGAGCAAGAACUGUGAGUCUGAUCUUUAAAGAAGGUUGUCAGGAUGUUGUGUUGGGGCUUUUUUUUGUCUGUAACUUAAUUUUUUUAGCAUGAUUUUAUUUUUUCCCAUUUUCUAGUAAUGGCCACCUACACUUGCAUCACUUGCCGUGUGGCUUUCAAGGACGGUGACAUUCAGCGAGCCCAUUACAAAACUGACUGGCACAGGUACAACCUGAAGCGUAAAGUUGCUGACAUGCCUCCUGUCACUGCUGAGAAUUUCCAAGAGCGAGUUCUGGCACAGAGAGCAGUAGCAGAGGAGCAGAACAAAAUCACUGCCACUUACUGCACAGUGUGCAGCAAGAGGUUCUCCACCUUCAAUGCCUAUGAGAAUCACCUGAAGUCCAAGAAGCACCUGGAGCUGGAGAAGAAAGCUGUCCAAGCUGUCAGCAAGAAGGUGAAAAUAUUAAAUGAGAAGAAUCUGGAAAAGGGACUAGCCCCAGAGAGUGUAAAUAAAGAUGAAAUGAACACAGCUAUUCAGCAAGCCAUCAAAGCCCAGCCAUCUUCAUCUCCUAAGAAGACACCUCUACCUCCUAGUAAUGUGAGUGGCUCUCCAGUUUCCAGGGAAAGCACCAGCUUGUCCCACAGCAGAGAACGACCAGAAAUACCUCCACGGCUGCAGUGGUUUGAACAGCAAGCAAGGAAGCUGGCCAAGCAAGAAGCAGGGGAAGAAGAGGGUAAUGAAGAAGACUGGGAAGAUAUGGAUUCUGAAGAAGACAUUGGCUCCGAUGAAGAGAUGGAAAGUGUGGAAGAAGAGGAAGACGAGCAACAGGCAGAGGCUGAAAGCAUUCCUGCUGUUGGGGCCAUACCAGUCACAGACUGCUUGUUCUGUCCCCAUCACUCUAGAUCUCUCACAAAAAAUGUGGCGCAUAUGACAAAAAUCCACAGCUUCUUUAUUCCAGACAUAGAGUACCUUGUGGAUCUCAGAGGACUAAUCAAGUAUCUUGGAGAAAAAGUUGGCGUUGGGAAAAUCUGCAUCUGGUGCAAUGAAAAGGGGAAAUCCUUCUACUCUACGGAAGCAGUCCAGGCUCAUAUGAAUGAUAAAAGCCACUGCAAACUCUUCACAGAUGGAGAUGCUGCCCUGGAAUUUGCAGAUUUCUAUGAUUUUAGGAGCAGUUACCCUGAUCAUGAGGAUGGGAAAGAUGUGGAGAGUCCUGGAAAGCGCCUGGCAGAGAAAGAGUUGGAUUAUGAUGAUGACACCAUGGAACUUAUCCUUCCAUCAGGUGCCAGAGUGGGUCACCGUUCCUUGAUGAGGUACUACAAGCAGCGUUUUGGUGUGACAAGAGCUGUGGCUGUUGCGAAGAACAAGAAAGCUGUGGGCCGGGUGCUGCAGCAGUACCGAGCCUUGGGCUGGACAGGGCAGGCAGGGGCCAUCUCCACUCAGCAGCGUGACAUGCAGUACCUGCAGAGGAUGAAGUCAAAGUGGAUGCUCAAGACAGGAAUGAGUAACAAUGCUACAAAGCAGAUGCAUUUCCGGAUGCAAGUCAGAUUCUGAGUUCCAAAGAGAGCUGCCUACAAUUGGUUAUGGGAAGGGGAAUUUAAUGGUGUCGGAUUCUCUUAUUAAAAUGGACUUGGUACCUAUCAAA